CCAUCACCGAUCGCGUUGUAUCUCCCCGUUCCUCGUCCUCCUGCCUGUGACCCCGCCCGGGCCUGUGCCGCGAGCCCGCGACCAUGGCAGGUGGCAGCAGCAGCUAGCUAGCCAACCAACUGCCCCGUCUCCCUAUAAAUUAGGGACCUCCUCCCCUCCCGCUUCCCAUCGCCAAGCGUUCAGCUAGCUACUGAGAGCUCGAUUUGGAUCGUGCACACACUGCACAGCCGCCUCCCGCGAUCAACGUCUCGGUCACCGGCCGGCCGCUCAUCAGCCGCGACGAACCCGGCCGGUCGUCUCCGCCGCCGCAUUAUCCGUCUCUCUCCGACGACGAUGUCGAGCAGGAGGUCCCGCGCGUCGGUCUCGGAGGAGGAGAUCAACGAGCUCAUCGCGAGGCUCCAGACGCUGCUCCCCAGCGCGCGCCGCCGUGGCGGCAGCCAUGCGUCGACGACGAAGCUGCUCAAGGAGACGUGCAGCUACAUCAAGAGCCUGCACCGGGAGGUGGACGACCUGAGCGACCGCCUCUCCGACCUCAUGGCCACCAUGGACCACAACAGCCCCGCCGCUGAGAUCAUCCGCAGCCUCCUCCGCUAGCGAUCGACCGAGCCGACGGCCACGGCCGGCCAUGGCGACGGCCGGAUACCCAUCGCCAUGGAGGGGCCUCGGCCUAGCUUUAUUAGCUAGCUCUCAGCGGGUCGGAGCUGAGUGUACCAUAUUCUUCCCCGGCGGCAGCUGCCUGCUAAGGACGACGGAGUCUGGUUUAAUUGGUAGUAGUACAAGUUUUUAAGCGCUUUGGUAGGGCAUUAGCCAUUAGCUAGCUAGGGCCGCCUAAGUAUGGUUCAUUUUCUCCCUUCCAUUUGUUGUUGUUGUUGUUUUUUUUUUUUGCUAGUAGCUCCCUCCAACUUCUUUGUACUCUUCGAUCGUUUCCUCCUCCACUCCAUCUCCUUCUUCCUCCUCGCGUAGCCUAUCCGUGGUCCGGAUCGAGUUGUUUCCCCUGCACAGACAACCGACCGACCGCGAGCUACCGACCGAUCCAUCGACAUGUACUGGUGGUAAUAUAUAUAUCUAUAUAUAUUAUAUAUAA